AUGCAGCUCACUCACGCCUUCCUCGGCCUCCUCACUCUUUGUGUUGUGUCCUUUGCCGCGCCAGUUGCCAACUAUGUCAAACUUUCUGGAAGGCACUCCAGCUACGAGGCCAAUUCAGUAGUUGCCCUGUUCGAACCUGCCGACAAGCGAGAGAAAUUCACCAACGAUAUCCACACUCUCCAUCCUAAGAGCGAAUUUGUUAUGGAUGCAACCACAGCGGUGCGUCCUGCACCUCGUUACGAGGUAUACAAUGCAGCUGACCGCAGGGCAGAGCCUGAAGAAUUACCCACUGCAAACAUUUAA